AUGGUAGACCCUGAGCCAAAAGACGCUGCUCCAACCCAGAUAUAUAUUACACAGAAGCGAAAGAGGCCCGCAUCUGAACAUGAACGUCGAGAGAGAAAACGCGCCGUUGACCGCCAGGCUCAAAGGUCCCUUCGAGAGAAGACCAAGAUACACAUUGCUAAGCUUGAGCGCACAAUAGAGAUAUUACAGAACAAGGAUCGUAAUGACAAAACAGUUACUCUAUUGUCCGAAAUUGAUACCUUGCGAGCAGAGAAUGAGCGGCUCAAGCACAUCAUUGAGAGCGUGAAGAGCGUUGUUGGCUUCAAUGCGGUUUCGCAAGACAUCCUACCAGCCAAACUUGGCCCUGUCACCGAACACGCAAACCAUUUGCCAACGGCAAAAGCAGUCGGCCCCAAUCUGCCUGAGCCACCUACUACUUCUAUUGAUCGUGACCCGCAACCGUCACCACUCCCUGAUGUAAACCAGUCAACUUCUAUCGACCGCACAAGCUCUGAAGAUGAGCACAAGUCGUUUGACCAGCCGGAAUCCCCUGACCAGCCAGACUUCUUUCAGCCAUCACCUUCCGCCAAUGACUCGACCAUGAUCAAUCAAUCCACAACGCCGGUAAUCGAUCUUGACGGCAUGACCAUAACACCAGAUCCAGACGAGCCAGCCAUCCCAUAUACCAAUAGAGAGUUAACACACAGCCCAGGGCUCCGAGUUCCAUCCAGGUUUUCGCCAGAGAAGCAGGCUGAGGAGAUACUACAAGAGGUAUCAGAAUUAGCUCCAUUCUCAUCAUUGAUGCAAGAGAUAUUGGGCGCAAAAGCAGUGUUAUCCAUCCCUAACCGUUGUCCAUAUCGACCGUCUUCUCCAAGCCUUACAUUGUCCAGAUAA